AUGAAAAAUGAAAAUGAAUAUAAAAAUAUCAUUCAUGAUAUUGGAUACGAUCCAUUUUUUGUACAUUACAACUGCGCUGAACAAGUUCAUAUUUAUCGUAGUUACAGUUGUACCACAGAAAAUCCAAAAUUAGUGAUCGAUGCAACUGGAUCUGGAAAUUUUUUAAAACUAGGAUUGGUUAAAACGAAGUUUAUAUUUUUAUACGAAGCUCUUGUUUACGAUCGUCAAAAAAAUCAAAAUUUCACAGUCAUUAAUAUGAUAAGCGAAAGACACUGCAAUAUUGCCAUUUCCAAUUGGCUUUUAAAAUGGACCAGUACUGAUGUUAUAAAACCAAAAGAAACCGUCUGUGAUAAUUCUGUAGCUCUUCUUUCUGCAAUUGUCAAGAGUUUUACACAAUAUUCGUCUUUACAAGAUUACGUGAAAGUUUGCGCAGAUCUUCUCACAAAUGAAAUAACUCAAACUUCAUAUUUCGUUCCCAAAUGCUUCGUAAAGGUUGAUUUCGCCCAUUUCAUAAAGAUUUGUAGCAGAUGGACACCAAUAAAAACUGUUCCCCGAAGUGUAAAAGAAAUUGUUCUCCGUUCUAUUGGACUCUUAAUAAAAAGCCAAUCUAUAGUAGAAUUACGGUCAUUGCUACUUUCAAUGUUUGUGGUUUUUUUAAAUGAAACUGCUGGUAUAUGCUUACGAACAAGACAGGAAACUCCAUGUGAGACACACAAAAAAAAAAUACUUGAAGCUACUUCUUGUGGAUUUAUAGAAUUCGAACAACAGUUUAAUGAUGCAAUACCAUUAGCAGAAUCUGAGGACGAAGCGCGAACUUUGUUAGAUGAAUUAUAUGAAAACCAAAAUGAGGGUCUGGGUAAUUUUGAAAAUCCAUUCAAAGCAUGGGCAGACAGUAUCUAUAAUGAUAGUGAAAGUUUGGUAAAAGAAGGUUCAACUAUAAACCCUCUUUAUAUUCCAGAUUUGGUACCAAUUUUAAUAAAAAUUAUGAAAUUUUUACCAUUAUGGUCAGGAGUGAUGAUACCGAUUUUUGGGUAUGGAGAUGAAAUAUCAAGUUCAGCAGCAGUGGAGUCAAGUUUUAGAAAACUAAAAACUGUCACUUUUAAACACAUAUCUUUACCUACUGAACUCGAAUAUUUUUUAGAAACCCAUAUAACAUCUUUAAAAGGCGCAGCCCUAAUCCGUAUGCCAAGUAAUAUUAAUGUUCUCUCGUCACCAACUGUGGAAUUGAAUCAAUGCAACUAUGGUAAUGAACAUUCGUCUUCGUCAUUUGAUUGUACAGGGCAAAAUCAAUGGCCUGAUAAAACAUUGAACAUAAUUGAAAAUAAUAACAAUGACGAUGAGUGGUCUUCCUUAAGAUUAAUUGAAGAUAAUCAAAAGUCUCCUUCAGCAUUAUAUGUUGUACGAGAUACUGAAGUUUUCAUAAAUGAAGAAUCAGAUUAUAUACAGGAAAAUGAAGAUUGUGAAAAUCCAUGUAUCAAUGACCAAGAAAGUAAGGCAAGAGAAAGUUGGAACAGGAAAAGCAAUAAAGAACGAAAAAGUAACUCUUAUCUGGUUCCAAAUCCAUAA